AUGCCCGCCCACUUCCCCGCCCACGUCGGCCAAAACUUCACCCCAACAACCCGCGCCGACAUCUACCCACCCACCAACCCGCUCCUAUCCGACCUCAGCCAGCCCACAAAAACAGUCCUCAUAACAGGCGCAUCCCGCAACAUCGGCCGCUCCAUCGCGCUCCGCUACGCCGAAGCCUCCGUAUCACGCAUCGUGCUCGUAGCCCGGGGCACGACCGACGGCGUCGCGCGCGAGAUCAGCGCCAUCAACCCUGCCGUCAAAGUACUCCAAAUCACCGCUGACAUCAGCGAGCCAGCGGACGUGGAGCGGGCAGGGCGCGAGUUCAGCGCAUGGGCAGGCGCGGACGCGAGACUGGAUGUUCUGAUUAAUAAUGCGGGGGUGCUGGAGACGCGGGUGCCGCUGUGUGAGAGCGAGCCGGCGGAGUGGUGGAAGACGUGGGAGGUGAGUAUCCGGGGGACGUAUAUGAUGCUGCGGACGUUUGUGCCGUUUGUCGUUGCGACGGCGGAGAAGCGGACGGGGGUGCCGGGGACGGUGAUUAAUAUGUCUAGUAUCGGGGCGCAUGUGGCUGCGCCGAGGAUGAGUGCGUAUCAGAGCAGUCGGUUUGCGGUUCUGCGGCUGAGUGAGUUUGUGGAGGUGGAGUAUGGGGCGAGGGGGGUGAAUGUGCAUAGUUUGCAUCCUGGGGCGGUGGCUACGGAUAUGACGAGGAAGAGUGCGAUGGUGGAGGAGGCGGAGGAUUUUUUCAUUGAUACUCCUGAACUUGCUGCUGGUUUCCUGGUGUGGCUCACGCAUAAGAAUAGGUCCUGGUUGAAUGGCCGGUAUUUGAACGCUGAGUGGGACGUGGACGAGUUGGAGGGGAUGAGAAAGGAGAUUGAGGGGACCGACAAGCUGAAGAUGCGCAUGGUCGUGUGA